AUGCAUAAUUAAUAAUUUUGUGAAGGUAGGAAGAUAGACUUGGGGUGGUUGACAGAUGCAAAGAAUGAUUAUCAGUCUCUUCUAAUCAAAUCAUUUCGAUAGUAGUUUAAGGAGGAAUACUAGAAUAUAGCAAAUAAGGAACUGAUUACAGAUGAGAUGAUUAUGAGCCUUUGUUUGAGUGUUGAUUAGAAGAAGGAGGAAUUGGUUAUGUAGAAGAAGAGCAGUGUAACGGGUGGUUAUUUGGAUAGAUUAGUGAGAUUUGACAAGCAUGUCCUUUAACAACUCAAGGAUCAUAAGCCGGUCAAAUCAUUUCCUCUGUAUCAAAAAGUUUACGUUGAAACCAAAGCAGCUGAUUAAAAGACGUGGUUCAACAAAAAUGGUGAUAUGGCAAGGCUACUUUUGGAAUUUGAGAAAGGACACUCAGGUGUAUACAUAUAUAGAAAGGAUAAAAACCAAGCUAUUAAAUGGUAAAGAUACUUGAUAAUUGAAAAAUUAUUAUAAGUGAGACCGACAUUGGUGGAGAGGUGUUUCCAAUAUUGCUAUAAGGAAUAUGAAGAUAAAUUUACAGUAACUUGGACAUUAAAGUACGCUUAACUAAUUGGAACUUAUACAACAUAGAUGAAUCAAUUGAAAAAGUAAAAAGCUAAAUUAGAUGAAAACUUUUUGAUUUCAUUGGACAGAUAAGUCAUGAAUUAUCAUAUCAAAAAGUGGUAGGCAAAGAGUGAUAAAUAAUAUAAAGAUGAAUAGGAUUACAAGGAGAAAUUAAAGUAAUUGUCAUUAAAGGAGUAAGAAUUAUUGAAGGCUACGGAGCAAUAGAGAGAGUUGGAAAGAUUGGCAAAAGAAAAGAGGAGACUAGAACUAUUACAAUAGAUGGUCACGCAUCUAAAACCUAAGAAUUAAGAUGUCAAGCGAUUUUAUAGGUAUUGGUUGGAUAGAGCAAUCCACAUUCAGCAAAACAAUCCAAUGAAAUUUAGUAUAUCAUUUGUCAGCAUGUACAUGCAAAGCAAUACGUAGUUGAUAAGACCUUAAUUAGAAGUAAGAUUUGUGUCUGAAAGAACAGAAAACACUCGAGACAUAGAAAACUCAAAACUAUUAGAUGGUUUACAAUAUCAUAUUGAGUAAAAUCCUUAUUGCAUUAAGCGGUUGUUCACUUAAAUGAGUCAAUAAAGAAGAAGAGACUUCACAACUUGGAUUUUCAAAGAUGGAUUACUUGGAGCAAGUGGAAACACAUCAAUCACAAUUGAGAAUUUUGGUUACAAAGAUUAUCUUGACCUUUAAGUUAUAGACACCAUCAAGACCAAUACAGCUUCUAAGGUUCUUAGAAUAUAACUAUAGGAUAUGUUUCAAUUUUUGCAUGAAGGCAGAUCAUUUUGGGUGCAGUUGGAAUUUGGACCUUCAAAGAUCUUUGUGGAAAUAGAUGUAUUGGAACAAUCAAAUUUAGAUCCUAUUUUUUUAGAUAGAUUGAAGUUCAUAGAAUUGAAUGAUAUUCUCAGAAAAAUAGUUGUAAAGAUAAUCGACCAAAGAACUCCGAUUCCAAUUGUUGAAACUGUGAGAUUUAGUCUUGAAAUUAAUAAAUAUAGCAAAGAAAUUCAAAACCUAUAUUAAAGAUUUUAUAUCGAAAACAUUUGCUUAUAGCCUCAAUGCAUACCUACAGCUUGGUUUUCAACGUUGGAUGGAAUUGAAAGAGUGGUUAAACCUAUCGUGGAUAUACUCAAGAGAAAUUUCUAAGAAUUCAAGGAUAGUAGUGAAAAUGUGCAAGUUUAUCAAAAAUUAAAAUCAAUUCCAAAUUUGAACCUACCUUUGGAGAAGGAUGUUAAUGAUUUUAUUAGUAAAUUGCCUGUUAAUUAAGCAAAUUAACAUAAAUAAUUUCAUGGCAUGUUGAUGACAUUCUUAAUUUAUUGCAAUCUCAGAGGAAUCUAAUUGAAUGUUCAAAUGCUGAAUAGUCUAUUUACAAUCGCAAGUAAAUUUAUAUGCAUAACUCACUGUCACUUUUUCUAUAAGUUAUCAAAUCCUGUGUUUGGUAAUAAAUUUGAUUCUGAAGCUUAAGCCUUUUGGCUUUUUGUCUCUUUCUUGGAUCUGAUGAAGAAUAUUCACUUCCCAUUAACCAAAGAAGAUUAGGUAUUUAGUCCUUAAGAAACAGUCAUUUAAUAUUUGGAGUUCCAACAUAUGAAUCUGAUCAAGCAUUGCAAAGUUUAUGACAUUGCUAUUGAUAAUUUCAUGUAUGAAACUCUUUGUUGCCUAUACACUAAUAUCGUUUAAUCUCUGCCCUUGUAUAAUAUUUGGAGUUUAAUCAUAAGAAAGAUGUCUACAAAUAAGAAUGUCUAUCUAAUAGUGCUAAUCGUAUUAAUUGAGGAAUUAGGAGAUAAAUUGCUUAUAUGUUAAAAUACAGAGGAUUUUAAAAAUGCCAUCUGCUUGCAAGCCUAACUAAUGGAUAUCCUCCAAUUGGAAGCAGCUUACUCAAAUUGUGAAUCAACUUUGAAUAGAAUUAUAAAUUCUGAACAUUCCAUAUAGUAAUCGAUUGAACACUCCAAUAUCCAUGGCCCAUUAAUAUAGGACCAAUGA